AUGGGUUUCGCAGCUCGAAUAGGCGGCCUUGUUCUUCUGACUCUCGCCACUGCCCCAGGUGCUCUGGCUGUCGCAGUCCAAAAACCGAGCCCAGUAGUUGAUUUGGGCUACGCUAGCUAUGAGGGAUAUCAUGACAACAUCUAUAACCUUAAUAUCUUCAAAGGGAUUCGAUAUGCUGCCCCUCCCCUUGGGAAGCUACGAUGGCAGGCACCACAGGCCCCUCCAGUGAACAGGACAUCGAUUCAAUCUGCCACUGAACAGCCCCCAGUCUGCCCCCAGUCCGGUGCUGCAAAGGUUCCAGAAAUAUACGGCUUCAAUUCAGCGCUGGGCGAUGAGGAUUGCUUGUUCUUGAAUUUGUAUGCUCCACCCGGGGCCAAGGAUCUCCCUGUCAUGGUUUGGAUUCAUGGUGGCGGAUAUGCGCUUUUUGGGGCCGAAUACGACCCCAGUGAGUGGAUCAAUACCAACAACAAUGGAUUCAUCGCAGUUAUGAUCCAGUACAGACUGGGGGCCUUUGGCUUCUUGUCAUCAGAGGACGUACACAAGUACGGGAAGACGAAUGCCGGGCUGCUCGAUAUGCGGUUCGCCCUCGAAUGGGUCCAGGGGCAUAUCGCAGAAUUUGGCGGCAACGCCUCCCGAGUCACGAUUGCCGGUGAAUCUUCUGGAGCAAGCUCAGUGGUACUGCAAUCAAUGGCUUAUGGUGGUCGUGAGGAUCGUUUAUUCAAUAACAUUAUUGCCGCUAGCCCGUAUAGCUCGACCUUGUACCAGUACGAUGGUGACAUCCCGACAAGUCACUAUCGACAGUUUGCCGCACGAGCGGGGUGUUCCAAGAAGCGUUAUAUGCCCGAAGGAGCGGUAUUUGACUGCCUUGUCAAUGCUGACACCGAGACCCUGCAAUACGCCAGUGCAAAUGUCUCUAUCUCAGGAGCAUGGGGUACUUGGGCCUUCCUACCUGUGGUUGAUGGCGAUUUCAUUCAGGAACUACCAUCAAAGCAGUUACAUAAGAAGAAAGUCAGCGGCCAGCGCGUUUUAUCCGGGAACAAUGCCAAUGAGGGUGUUCCGCUUAGUCCCCCAUUUGUGAACAGCACUGUCGACUUCCUAGAUUACAUCCACUCCACUUUCCCUUUCUUUUACCCCAGUGAUUAUUCUCGCCUGAUGAAUGAAUAUGGAGUCCGAGCCAGCUCUCCCGAGAACACCGGUCCCCGAUACGAUACACUAGGUGAUCGUGGACCAACAGCUGUGAACCAAUCAGAAAUGGCAACUGGUCUUCAGCAGACAGUCUUUGACAUAUUUGCCGAAUCAAGCUUUGGCUGUCCUUCUUAUUGGCUUGCGGAUGCGUUCGCCGGAGGCCAUGCCAAGGAGAGUUGGAAAUAUCAAUUCUCCGUCACCCCUGCGUACCAUGGUGCAGAUUUGACCGCGUACUUCUCUGUUGGGGCGACUACGCCAACUCGCAGUUUCAUCCACGCAUUCCAGAAGAUUUGGGGAAAUUUCAUCAUCAAUGAUACUCCAGUUAUCUCUGUAAUAGAUGCGAAGGGCGGUACAGACAACUCUACCGUUCCUGAAGGUGCAGAUGGAGAUAUAACCUGGCCAAAAUGGAAUGACAGAUCCCCUGUCCUAAUGAACUUGAAUACCACGGGUGGAACUACAUCCUACCAGCAAGUUACUGAUCAUCUGUCUUACUGGAUUCGCGAAGGACCCGGUGUCACAAAUGAGUUCAGCUUGGCAGAUGCAGCAAAGUGGGAAGGUGGCCGUGGUAAGCGUUGUGAGUUCUGGAGAAGCGUUGGCCCACGUGUUCCAGCAUAA